AUGUCUCGUGAAGGAUUCCAGAUCCCCACUAACCUCGAUGCUGCCGCGGCUGGUACUGCCGCGGCCAGAACUGCGACGCUGAAGUACAUCUGCGCCGAAUGUUCGAGCAAGCUGUCGCUAUCGAGAACAGACCCCGUUCGUUGCAAGGACUGCGGUCACCGUAUCUUGCUCAAGGCACGUACCAAGCGUAUGGUCCAGUUUGAGGCCCGUUAG